AUGGCACAGCAGCAAGAACCAGAUGCAGAAGGCAACCACUACGUUACAUGCAGGGAUGGCACAUCGAUCCGCUGCCGGCUACUUCUCGGGGGACCGGCAGGUGAUGGCCGCCUAGAUCCCAAAGCUCGCACGGCGAUCUGCUUGCACGGCAUCGGCGAGGAUUUGAGCUUUUGGGAAGAGGGUGUCUUCCGAACAGAGGACCUCCCGGAGAACUUCUCAGGAUUCGAGGCAAUGCCGUCAACGGAAGGAACUGGGCCCGUACACGCCAGUGACAAGGUGCGAAGAGCAAAGUUUUCUCGGGCUUUGGCAAAGCGAGUCAAUGUCCUGUUGGUGGAUCAGCGUGGCUUUGGGCGGUCCGACCGUCCAAGGACGCUGGCUCCACUCCAGGACGAAAACAUCGUACUCCUAACCACCUGGAAAGUGCGAGAUGUUGCUAGCUUCACAGCUGCGGCCAAAGCGGAGAUGAACUGCGCACGCAAGGCUGGGGCUGCGGCGCACAGCAUUUCCCUUUGUGGUGGCAAAGCCCUGGUCCGCAGCGUCUUUCGCGACACUGCCGUACUCGGGAUGCACGUGGCCACCUUGGGUUCCUUGGCCCCCGAGCUGCGCCUCGAGGCGUGCAGCACCGUCGAGUCGUGCACAGUUGUGGCGCCACAGGGAAGAUUAACAGAACUUGCCUACAUCCAGCAGACCGUGCUCGACAAGGGCGUCUUUGGGGAAUUUAGUGCAGAGUUGUUUGUGACAAAGCUUUACUCUGUUGUACCUCUCGUGUACAACAAGGACCUGGCUUCCCCGCCAAAGGCCUUCGUCUGCCACCGGCUCCGUGGUGGUGGCGUGGCAUCCCUGGAGGAGUUUCUGCAGGAGGUGCGUGACAACGAUGCUGCUUGCGUUGCUUUGAGCAUCUCAGUUAGCUCUGAUGGCCAAGAUGCACUGGCUUUAGGUCAGUUUACUGACCUCACCGGGGCGGUGACACACAUGCAGCACUUGACGAGCUGGGUGGACAGCAAUGGUGGCGAUGGUGCCUGGCAUGUGGUUUCGGUACAGAUCCAUGCGCGAAGCGCGGUGCUGAAGACACUUUCAUCACAUACCUCGCUGCCAAAGAAGCUGGAGGUCUGUCAGAUGUAUCCUUUGUCCUUCGAAGACUCUGACGCAACAGAUCGGACGGCAACGAUGGAGGAGUUCGUCUCGGAUGUGGAGCAAGUGCGGCUGUAUGCUGGAGCAUCCAAAGCGACGAUUGUUGGCCAUUCUAUGGGGGCGGCGAUUGCGCUACAAUAUGCCAUAAGCCAUCCCCAUCGUGUGGAGCGUCUUUGCCUCUCGGCCGCCGCGCCCCGUGUGGGCCCGGCUGCCUACGAAAACUGGAUGAGGAUUGCCAGCACCUACCAAGCCUGGAACCCGAAUGUGAUCCGCAGUACAGUCGCGGUCGUAAAUGUGGCAGACGAGGCCAUUCGGGCACUGGCUGCACCCACACUUCUGAUUAAUGCCAAAGACGACCAGCUAACACCCUUGAUCGGGUCGGAGAUGAUCAAGUCCAAUCUGCAGACUGCACUUCUGCACGUGCCAGAGUUUGGAGGGCACAGCAAUUUGGUCAAGAACGAUGCCUCAAUGGAGCGUCUAACCCAUUUCAUGAUCUCUGACGCGGCCAUGAUGUUUCUUACUGAUGUACUCCUGGAGGAGCAGCUUCUGAGCAAAUGGAACCUACCCAACGACAAAGCUUUUGUUCGUUACUACAACUGCGGUCGAGGCUUGGCGGAGAUUGAGCGCCUCGAACGCAGCCUGCGACUUCUUCGAUGGUCGUCCGGCGAUCAUCAGCAGGAGAAAGCUGCCCUGGGAGGAGACAUGGCCAGGGUUCUGAGAAACUUGGGGCUCUCCAAUGACACGGACGAAACGCCACGUGAUCGGCUGAUGGCAGAGAUGAUGAGCAUGCUGGGUCGGAUGUCUGCCCCGGCCAGGCAAGCUGUUAACAACUCUGGAGUGUGGUGGAGGGACGACGGAGCUGCCAUGGGACUUCCCGACAAGCGAAAGUACAGCGUUGACGCCUGGGGCCGACGCAGAGGUGGCUGCAAGCAAGGCAACUGCUUCGUCUACAGUUGGGACCUCUCGUUGAUGCCGCAGCUACUGCAGCGUGGGUGGCUGUCAGCUGGGCAGGCUACUUCGCUUGGCUCCGACUUUUUUGCAUGCUGGUGGUGCGGCGGCCCGCCUGCAGCCCACGAGGAUCUUGGCCCAGCCAGCAAGGAGGAAUUGGCGGCGCACUGGCAUCUCCAGGAGCCGGAGAAGGAGGCAGGCAGAGAGCCGCAGUGGAAACACAUCGGCUAUCCGCUGCAUUACGAGCGCCUGGAAGCCGCGACGCCCCAGCCGCUUUCGGGUAGCUUCGUUCAGAAAGACUGCCCCUGGAUCGAGCCGCUGAAGGCACUUGGCGCCUCGCGGCCAGAGCGGGACGAUCUGCUAAGCAGCAUUCACUUGAAGUACGAGGUCGCAGAAAUUUCGCAGUGGGCCCGGAACUGCGACCUUGUGGCUUUGCAGGAGGUGGAUGCGGCUCUUCGCUCCACUCUCUGCCCGAACUCCGACAGUGCUGCAUCCUCGGACAGCGGAUGCUGGGUGGAGAGCGCCUGGCACAUUGAUGGCCGCGGGGUGCGCGUGGAUUCCACUGUGGCGAUGUUUCUCCCUCCCUCUUCGCAGUUCGAGGUGGUUCGAACCGACCACUGCGAGCUCAGGGUUCAGCUUGAAAGUGGGCGCUGGGCUGCACGAGACCACGUGGCGGCAGUCGUUUCCAGCGGUGGUCAGCAUCUUGUAGUGUGCUCGGUACAUCUGCACCAACGCGGAUGCAAGAGCAAGGCAGCUUACUUGGAGUACCUGGCCCCUUUGAAAGAGAUGUUGAUGCGUCUUGCAGAGGGGCCGCUGCCAGCAACCCUCCUUGGGGACUUCAACAUGUCCCCGGCAGAGUUUGCUACUAUGACGGAGGAGGAUGCUUUCUGGAGCGACUUCGUGGCCGUAGCUCCGAUCGACGGUGCGAAGACGGCUGCCGCAAGCAACCCUUGCGAGAUUGGCGACUUCAUGCUGCACCGUGCUGGUGCGAGCUUGGCACGCCGUCCUUGGCAGUGUUACGCCGAGGGUGAUGGCUUCUCCGGAUUUGACCGGUUUGGCCUCGCAGUCCUCGCCGAUGCGCGGCGCCGGCUCCCAUGGCUCCGAGCACAGCGUGCAGUCCAGGGUGCUGCAGAGGGCCUGGGGCGAAAACUUCGGGAACUGCAGGAGCUGAGAGUGGGCCACUCGCAGCCACGGCGUCCCGCCCUGGCAGCGGCCCGAGCUCGCCCAGCAGGAGACACAGGGAUUUCACUGCACGGGCACUCCCUGGUUGAGCCUUCUGAGGAUGCCAUGCUCUUGCGGAUCGAGGCCAUGAGCCGGCUGCGGUCAAGCCUGGACCGGGAAGCUGAGAGCGAUCAACUCCUGGCGAUGUGGCGGCACGGGGAGGAAGGCGAAUUGCUGGCGAUUCGUGCAAAGCCACCCGACACCCUGACCAACCGGGAAGAUUUCGAGGUGGCCAGGAACCUCAAGCGGAAGGUAUGGGAGCCUGGCACAGAAAUUGUCAAGCAGGGAGACCUAGGCAAAGCCUUCUUCCUCAUCAUGUCUGGCGAGGCAGAUGUUCUCACUCGGAGCGGUGACAGCUGCCACGACCAUGUCCGCGCGACGCUGAGGAAGGGUGACUACUUUGGCGGAAGGACCUUGCUGGAGGAACGUAGCAACGUGGCGACGAUCCGGGCUGGCAGCGAGGAGACCCGAGCCAGAAGCGUCAGCCUUGCCAGUUGGAUAAAGUUCGAAAAACAAGGCAUCGCCAAGUAUUUGAAGUUUCCAAAGCGAGCCGCAAUCUACAACGAGGCUUUGCAGCCAGAUCUGGGUGUGACGAAUCACGGCGAGACAGCUAGCCACAUCCUUCAGAACGGAUCUCCAUCCGAGGAGUACAAGUCCCAGAAGAAGACGGAGGAGGUCAGAAACAAUGCGAAUCUGCGUGCUCUCAUUCAAACGGAUCAGGAGCAGCUGAGAAAAAUCGCAGCGUCUGCAGAGCGGCGGGUGGUGGAGAAAGGCGUUGAGGUCGCGAAGCGUGGCGAGGUUGGUGACGAGUUCUUUAUAAUCCGAGAGGGCUCCUUCGACAUCGUCCUAAGCUCGCCCUCAGAGGCAGAACGAGCCUCCGCCGAGGAGCGUGUGGCUUUGACAACUAUGUCGGAAAGAUUGCUGAGGAAACAGCACUUUCUCCAGACAUUGACUCAACCUAGCCUUUGCCGGACCUGGGGUCGGACCAUUUCCACUCUGCUCUCCCCUAAGAGCGGUGUGGAGGAGGAUGUGCCUGCUUCUGCGGACAUGUUCCUCCGUGGAGUUUCUGGGCCUUGUGAGGAUGCAGGGAGUGGAUGGGCCGUGGGGAUGAUGCUCUGCGGCCACACAGAUGGGGCCAAGCACUUCGUUGCGAAGUCCUUGACCAGCUUCAAGGGCAUCAAGGUUCUCUGCAUUGCCCGGGUUGCGUACACUUCACAUCACGUCACCUCGUUCAUGGCAGCAUGGGCCGGCUUGCCGGUCACGGUGCUGAAGUCCACCAAGUUUGUAUUCUUUGCAGCGAUGAUUGAUUGGCACCACAUGGAGGAAGUGCCAGACCUCGUGGUGCCCGAUUCGCCCAAGAGCGACGGACUUGAUGAGGACAGCUGGGCGUCAGUGCCGAGGCUCCAAGAGAGCGGGGAGGGGAUGGCGUGGCUUGGGCCGCGACGCUUGCAGAAAGGAGGAGAAGAUGUUGGAGCUGUGGAGCGUUGCGCUUGUGAUGUCCUCUGCUUGAGUUUGCCGUCUGUGCAGGUCCACGCGCUUGAGCCCUUGGUCAGCUCCGAACGCUACGAACUUGCUUGUAACGCUUCAGGCUUUGUCCACUUCCCUGCCGGUGAGCGCGUCAUCGCACAGGGUAAGGUGGGGCGUCCCGGCUGCUUCGGCGAGCGAUCGCUCCUCCGAGGGGAUGCGGCCUACGACGUGAAUGUGACAGCUGGUGCGAAUGGCAUGACCUGUCUCACGUUUAACGGCGAGACUAUCCGCGUUCUUCUAAGCAGCUUUGUGUUUGAGUCUUGUGACUUUGUCUUCCAGCACCCAUCGGACCCGCGGCAUAAGGACAUCCAUGCGGACGUCGAGGGACAGCAUGUUCCAGAUGGACAUUCCAGCUUUGCCUGCUCACUCCCUGCCGCCAGCAGCGUGGUCUCCAACUCGAUGGACUUUGCCGUCGGGCAGACAUCUGUAGGUGUUGGCAGAAAUCUUGACGGCUAUGCCAAGUUGCAAGUACUGGGGCGAGGGGCCUAUGGCGAGGUGUACCUGGUUGAGGACACGAUCCGAAAAAAGCAUUACGCGCUGAAGGUGAUGUCAAAAGGACAUGUACAGCGCAGCGGAAUUGUGCGCCAAGUGCGCUGGGAGAGGGAGCUGCUAUCCAUGUUGGAUAGAUCCCCGGUGUUUCUGGAGGACACGCCGCGAGGCUAUGCGACAUGUUUCUAUGCCGCCUGCGUCACCGCGGCUUUGGAGUACCUCCACGAGCGAUCCAUCGUCCACCGCGACAUCAAGCCCGAGAAUGCUAUGCUGGACGAGCACGGCUAUGCGAAGCUCUGUGACAUGGGCUUUGCGAGAUUUGUGCUUAACAAAACCAACACUUUAGCUGGCACGCCGGAAUAUCUGGCGCCUGAAAUGAUCGAUUAUCCGCACGAUCACGAUCUGGCGGUCGACUGGUGGGCACUGGGCGUCAUGGUUUACGAACUCUUGGCUGGCCAAACACCAUUCCACGACGAGGGCAUCGCAGAUCCCAUGGCGCGACUAUUGGCCAUUCGGCGGAGUCAGGAGGAGGCUAUGCAGGAUGGCAUAUGCUUUCCCUUCCACUUCCCGAGCCCAUCCAAAGGUUUCGUCCAGGACUUACUUCGGCGAUGUCCGGACAGACUCGGAUGCCGGGGCGGGUCUCGAGCCGUGCAGCAGCACGACGUCUUCAGGCUGAAGAAGUUCAACUUUGCAGCACUGUACGAACGCAAGCUGCCGAGCCCUUUCUCUCCAGAAGUGGACAUUCCCGAGGUUGGCGCCGACGCCGAAUCUGAAAACAGUUUCACUCUCGAGCAUCACUCUUCGCUGUAUGCUCCUGUCGACAACUCGGAAGAGAUUUGCAUCUAG